AUGUGCGAGAUGAGCUGGAGUCCUGAGGCUGGAUUGUUCCGAGUGGUUUUAAUCAGCGACGUGUUAGGGGAGAAUGGAAAACGUCUGACAGGGAUAAGAACGGAGUAAGUAAACAUCACUUUGAAUGGAAAGCUGGAAAAACCAACUGAGCGAGAACUAGCCUUUCUGCUUGUUAAAAUCCAGACAGACUUAUUCAGAGAAGGCAGUGUGUGUUCGCUGACAGGAAAAAGGCAAUUUAAGAGAUCCGGGAUGAAAGUAAAAGAAACAGAGACUGGAAGUACAAGAAGACAAAAACAAGAAGAAUAACAAAGCAACUGCUAGAAAAGCCUUGAUGCUCUUAAGCUGUAUGAGGAACAUAAUGCACUUUUUAUCAUUUUCUUGAAUGCUAUAGAACUUCUGGAGCUUCUUUUACUGUCAUGAGUAGAGCUUUUCACCAAAUUGUAAGGUUUCUUCAGUCCAGCAUCACUCACUGCAUACGUGUAUCUUCUUGCAAUUUCUCUCCCCCCCCCCCUUCAGCACAGAUCUGUCACCACUCCUUGUAGGACAGUUUGUUAUUCUGCUUUGAGGACCUAAGACUUUUUGCUAUCCCGUGCCAUGGGGAAACACAGACCCAGAAAUUAUGGAAAGAACUUGAGGUGCCUGUGGGAAAUCGCAAGUGCACCCCUUGAUCUCAUGCUGAUGAAAAGAAACUAUAGGGACCGUUACAGUUAUGGGCAACAUUAAAACUGUGAGGUGGCCAUGGCUUGCAGGCAAAUUCUGCCUUGCCGGAGGUACUGUCGACUCCGUCCAUUCCUUCUGGUGCUGGUGCUGGCUGCCUAUCUUUUCUACCAGACCCUGACACCAUUAAAGGCAAGAAGAUACCUCCCAGGAGUUGGCAGUGGAGCUCAUACAGAACAGGAGGUGCAGCAAAAGGUGAACAAGCAGGUUCCUACAAGGCAAGUCUAUUGUGACCUUCCUUCAAGCAACCUAAAACUACAGAAGGAGAUUGAGGAUGCCAUUUCUAAGUACUACAGAAGUCAGGCAAAAACCGUGAUAAUUUACAUCCCAUCUUCCGACAGCAAACAAGAUCUUCAGUUAUAUCGACACAUCCUUACACAACAUAGCUUUUCAAUUACAGUCCUUGAAGACAGGAAACUGAAUGGACAGAAAAACCUCCACCCGGGUGAAUUAAACCCCUGGAACCUUAUGAUUUGCUUAUCCUCCAGCAAAGCUGACUAUGAAAAUUGCUUAAGUGCACUGGACUCACAUCGAAAAACGUUACUGCAGAAGGCAAAUGUUCUCCCCCAAAUAGAACAUCUCCUUUGCAGAAAAGAAGGGCUAUGCCAGAUAGUGAGAACAUUUCCAGAAUUACAUCUUCCAGUUGCUCUGCCUGGCUGCCCAGAUCUGUUUUUGCCUCAAGAUUCAAUCAUUGCACCUGGAUAUCUUGAAGCUGUGAAACCACAUGAUGACCAUGGAAGGUCACACUUUGCCCAAGGGUCAGAUCCACCAACUGAAAAUAUGCAGCAACAUCCAACACCUGCUUCAGCUGAACAUGAGGAAUCAUUUAACAUUCAAGACCUGUCUGUCAUCAUCAAAGCUUAUGUACUGGUUACGUCUUUAACACCUUUGCGAGCAUUCCUUCAUUCAACAGGAGUUGUCUGGUAUCCAUCCAAAAAGAAACACUUUUCAAUCAAGCUGCAGACCUUUUUUGAGACCUUCUUGAAAGCCAGUUCCCCACAACAAGCCUUUGAUGAUAUGAAAGAGGCAAUAAUCAAACUCUUACUGGUAGCUGAAGUUUUCAGUGAGGAAUCUGGACCAAAGGCCUUCACUCAAUGCAGCGUAUGCUUUCAGAUGCUAACCUUUGACAUUGGGUUCAGUCGCUCUAGGCACCCUGUAAUUCUAGAGGUACGUGAACAUUUUGACUUUCAAGUUGAUGAUGACGCAGAUCAUCGGGACCAAAUUGUUAAAGAAACCAUUCUUGAAGAUACUUUCAGAAUUCUCUUAUCAAAUAAAUCCUCCUACUCUACUUUCUUUGAGGCUUUAUGGAAUGUAUACCGAUCAGCAGGGAUCAAGGAUGAGCAUCACCUGAAGGAAUCUGAUCAGUGUCUCACUUUGGAAGAACUAAAUUCAUUGAGCAGUUUUGUACAAGAGCUUCAGAAUCUAGGACAGUUUGAACUGCUUUUCCCAUCUGCUGUUCCCAAGAUCCAUUUUUUGCUGCAUUACCUUUAUCGCAUGGUGAAUCCAAGGAAGAAGCUUGGCUCAGUUCUGACCAUACAUUGGCUUUUUUCCAAUUUACUUGAACAAUUACAGAGCAUUAAGAGAAGAAAACAUGCACACUUUGCAGGAUGGCAAAGCAAGGAUUCCAAACAUGCAUCUAGGAUGAAAACCAGAUGGUCAAGCCUUAGGAAUUCUUAUUCAGGAAAGGAUAACAUUAAAGGAGAUUCUUCCACACUCACAGCAAAAAGUGAAGGUUUUCGUGUUUCAAAUCAGGCUAAGGAUACACAAUGUAGUCAUGGUAAAGAUACCCUACCUCACAUCAGGCAAAUCUUCACCAAUCCCCAUUUAGAGCUAAAUCCAAACUUUGAUCCAAUGAUCAAAGAAUACUACACUGAAGUGCCAUUUGAUGUAGUAACAAUAAAGAUUCGAGCAGAACCAGUGAAUUGUCAGGGUGAAGUCCAUUUGGAUGAGAAGAAAGGACCCAGGAGUGCUGCAAAUUACCCCCUUGGACUAGGAAUAAACAGAGUCAAUAUUCUAGUAACAGGUGGAUCUCAUUCACUGCAUGAGGUUGUGAGCAUCUAUAAAAUCAUUAUUUAUCGAGAAGACCGUCCAAGUUUGCCGCUGUUUGCUGACUUCAUGAUGUGUGGUUUUGUCCAGGAUUGUGGUUCACUGAUUCAUCCCGAGGAAUCCUGUGGGUUGCAACCUUUGUCUACUGAAUACCUGUCAGCCAUUUCACAGCCACAGUUGAAAACAUGUGAGGCAGGGGACACACAAGGACAAUGGAUUGUACCUUGUCUUAGUUGUUCCGACAACAGAACCUGUGACUGGAGACAAAUAACAUGGCAGCCCCACAAUUGUCAAUACCCUGUCAUUAACAAACUGGAACUCCAGCAGUGUCUAGAAAGCAAAAAGGUUCUUUUCAUUGGUGAUUCAACUAACAGAGGGAUGAUGUAUUACCUGAUAGAAAGAGUGAAUGAGACUCUUCAAGAGUGGCAAAAGGCUCAUGAUAUGAAGUUUUAUCAUAAUAUAAAUAAUAGAAACACAUUUAUUAGUUACUCAUAUUAUCCCCAAUUUUGGAUCAGUGGAACCCAAAGACCGACAUUUGAAGAAGCACUAGAACAGUUGCUACACAGAUCAAGGCCACUUGAGAAUACAGGGCAGACUAUAUUAGUUGUUGGUGGUGUCCAGUGGCUUAAUUUCAAUCACUUGACUAUUAUUCAAAAGGUGCUCAAGCGAGCGAAUCUCUCAAAUAUCCUGGUAGUAAUAAAAUCUCUGGGAAUGGGCUUUCAUCUGCCAGUGGAUGGAGUGCAUUCUUUGUCCCCGGCAGAAGUACAAAACCUGUGGAAAGAAAACCAGGCUGUUUUGAAGAUGGCAAAACAAUAUGGCUAUGAAGUGGUUGACACUUUCAUUAUUACUAUGGGACGGUACAAGGAAUUCUUGCAAGGGAAGUGUGGAUGCCAUUUUCAUGAGGUGGUGAAAUCCAAAACAUCUGGAGCAAGCUCUUCUACGACAAGGACAUUAUCAAGGCCCUAUGUUCUGGGCAAAUAUUUCAGCAAUCAAAGCAAUUUGAUGCAAUUGCAAACCUACACAUCAAAUUCUCAAUCCCCUUAUCAUUUGAGAGGCCCAAUAAACCAAGUUUAUUCAGAAAUCCUUCUCAGCAGGAUCUGUAUAAAUGACAAGAAAGCUGUUGGAAUGUAGCUUUGUUUGGCAGAAAUGUAGACCUCCAGACUGCCCACUUUCCUGUGUGGUGAUCCAAAGGCCCCACCAGAUUUAUUACACACUUCUCUGAGUGGCCAAACAUACUAGCAUAACUCAAGACAUGUGGCAGUUUCCACGAAGCCUUAUAAAAUCAAGAUGUGUCCCCAUGUAUCUGUGGUUUCAGAAUGGGAGACAGAGAAUCAAGAGAAAGAGGGAGGGGAAAGAGUUACUGUAAAUACUGCCAAGAUUAAAACAGUUGUAACCUAAGCAUAUGUAUAUGAUAGGAAAGAGGAAAAGCACUAUAUAUGUAUGUGUGAAUUUUGUAGAGAUUACUUAAGUAUAGCUGCAGUGUACAAUAUUACAUCAUCUGUCAAUAAAAACCUCAUUCCACUUUCGAGAGUUUUAUGACAUAGCAAAAUAGUUGUCUAAGUAUAUGCACUUGAAACGAUAUCGGAAUUUCAGCCAUAGUACCAUAUUUGUACUUCGGACCUUUGCAUGAUGGAAGAUACGACAACACAAGUGCCACUCCAUUGCCAUUCUUACAAUGCUGCUUCCUCUGUCUUUGUGCAGUCCUUCACAGCACUUCUGUUUGUGUAUUCACUGGGCAUACAGGCUUCUUCUUCCAGUUUAUGAUUUCCGAGUUUGGGGAAUAGGUUCAGGACUACCUAAGCAUGUACUGCUACUAAAACUACACAUUUUACUGGGCACAAAAAUAAAUAAAUAAAAGAGAGAGAGGGAACUUUGGCGCGUUUUGGAUUGCAGGUGAACUAAAGCUGAGAGACAGCAGCUUGCUUAAAGUGAGUUUGUGGCUGUGAUCUGAGCCACACAGUCCUUGGUUCUCUCUCUUAGUAUACUCAGCACUCCACUUUGUUUCUGACUGCAGCUUCUUCUGAAACAUAAGAAGUCAGACCUAAAGGUCAGUAGCAGCAUGGUAGGUAACCUAGAAGCCCAGAUGGCCACCUGCAGAGCUUCCUGGACAACCCUUUUGGAUUCCAUCCACUGCUCAGAUUGGGUGCAGCCUUUUAAUGAAUAUUUGAACAUUUCCAGCUGGUAGUAUCCCUCCGGGCAAGUAUGCACUGUCAACGAUC